UACAAACUGUGCACCAGGAACCGAGAUUAGGCCACCGAGAUGGAUCAGCUAUCAUUUGAGAAGGAAAACCAUAAGCGUAUCCAAGAGGUGCAGAAUGCUUUUGGUUCAUUGGGGGCACCGCUGGACAGCCCGGAUCGGAUUCUGGUUGGAGAGGGCUGUCUGAUGAAGCAGGGUCGUAAGGGAUGGGAGCCGAAGAUGUUCUUCCUCUUCAACGAUAUUCUGGUGUACGGCAGCAUCCUGCUGAAAGGUCGCUGGUACAAAAACCAGAAGAUCAUCCCUUUAGAGACUAUUAAGCUGGAAGAUAUGGAGGACUCUGAGUACUUCAAGCACCAGUGGCUCAUCUGCACUCCUCGCAAGUCUUUUUUUGUGUCCGCCAUGUCAUACGAGGAGAAGCAGGGCUGGAUGAAGCACAUCGACAGCUGCCAGCGCAAGCUGCUGCAGGCCGGCAGCUACCAACCAAGCUCCAGCUUUGCCGUUUCCUGGAUUCCUGACCAAGCUGCCCAAAAGUGCAUGCGCUGCUUUGUCAAGUUCUCCAACACCAGCCGUCGGCACCACUGCAGAAAGUGUGGCUUUGUGGUGUGCCACCAGUGCUCCAAGCUGAAAGGAGUCAUAGAUCACAUUCACCCCACCAAGCAGCUGAGGAUAUGCAAGAGGUGCCACCAGCUGACUAGUGAAGAGGAGAUAGUUCGCCAGAGGGGGGACAGCACUGGGAAGAAUAGCGUAGAGGAUGAGGAUGAAUUUAGUGAUGAUAUGGAGGUGUAGAGCCAUAAUCCCAGCUGCUGAUUGCACACCUGAAAGGGCAUAAAAACACACUGACAAUUAAUGAAUAAUUAAGACUAAAAUAUCUAAUCAGAAUGUUGUAA